AUGCCACGCAAAAAAUCAAAUAUUGGCAGAACAACUAGAAAAGCACGGCAACAUGCAGCAAUUAGAGCGGCUGAAACGUCUGAGGACCGAGACGCUCGAUUAGAAGAUCAGCGAGUGCGCGCUUCAACAUCGAGAGCAGCGGAAACACAUGAGCAGCGAGACGCUCGAUUAGAAGAUCAGCGAGUGCGCGCUUCAACAUCGAGAGCAGCGGAAACACCUGAGCAGCGAGACGAACGAAUAGAAGAUCUGCGAGUGCGCGCUUCAACAUCGAGAUCAGCGGAAACACCUGAGCAGCGAGACGAACGUAUAGAAGAUCUGCGAGUGCGCGCUUCAACAUCGAGAGCAGCGGAAACACCUGAAGAUCUACAGGUUCGACGUGAGACUGAACGUUUACGUCAAAUUCAAACAAGAAUAAGAGGAGAUCUCAAUAAAGCUGCGUUCGAAUACGAUAAAACGUAUGACUACAAAAUACAUCGCGACAUUGCAAUUGGUUUAAUGACUACUUUAUGCCCAUACUGCCAUGCUUUGAAGUUUCAAAAAGAGUCGCUCGGUAUGUGUUGCUCGAAUGGGAAAGUAAAUUUGCCACCAUUGUCUGAGCCACCUGAACCCCUUCAAACCUACAUUGCUGGUGUUUCCCGGGAGUCCAAACACUUCCUCCAACAUAUUCGUAAAUACAACUCAUGUUUCCAAAUGACUUCGUUUGGUGCAUCCAGUAUUGUGAGAUAUGGAAAUUUUAUGCCCACAUUCAAAGUGCAAGGGCAAGUGUACCAUCAAAUAGGUUCACUUCUUCCACUACCUCAAGAAGAUCCUCAGUUUUUGCAAAUUUAUUUCAUCGACAAUGUAGAGGAAGAGCUUGAUCGACGAUGCGCAUUUAGUUUAGCAACAAAUAGGGAAAUUAUUGCUGAGUUACGAGCAUCAUUUCAUGAACAUAACAGUCUGGUCAGAGAUUUUAAAUCUGCAUUGGAAAAUGCGAGAGAAGACGACUUUAAAGUCAUUAUCAGGGCAGAUAAAGCACCAUUACAUGAACAUGCAAGACGUUUCAAUGCUCAAAUGGCCCCUGAAGUAGGAGCUGUGAUUGUUGGAACGGAAAUUACCAGACGAGAUAUUGUUAUCAGCAUGCGCGACGAAACAAAGCAACGAGUUUCUGAAACACAUAGAUCCUAUGACGCCCUUCAGUACCCAAUAAUGUUUCCACGAGGAGAAGAUGGAUAUAAUCUCGAACUAUAUCAAACCAACCCCACAACAGGCGCAGCAACUACCAAAAAAGUAAGUUGCAAAGCUUUUUAUGCAUAUCGUAUCAUGAUUAGAGAUCAACAGACUAACCACAUUCUAAUGUGCCGUCAACUUUUCCAACAAUUUAUUGUUGAUAUGUACGCUAAAGUUGAAAGUGAACGUUUAAACUAUAUUCGUUUCAACCAAUCUAAGCUUCGGGUCGAAGAUUAUAUUCAUUUGCGAGAUGCAGUCGCCAAUGAUGGAGUAGCUGCUGAUAUUGGUCAGAAAGUUAUCCUUCCGUCCUCUUACACAGGAAGUCCAAGACACAUGCAUGAGUAUGCACAAGAUGCAUUGACAUAUGUUCGAAAAUAUGGACGACCUGAUCUCUUUAUAACGUUUACCUGUAAUCCAUCUUGGAAGGAAAUCACAGAUUUACUGCUUCCAGGCCAGCAACCAUGUCAUCGGCAUGAUAUCACAGCAAGAGUUUUUAAACAAAAGUUGAUACGUUUUAUUGACAUAAUCACCAAAAACCAUAUAUAUGGGGAAACUCGAUGCUGGAUGUACUCAGUAGAAUGGCAAAAAAGAGGUCUGCCACAUGCACACGUAUUAAUAUGGUUGGUUGAAAAGAUUGUCCCUACUCAAAUUGAUGACAUCAUAUCUGCCGAGCUUCCAAAUCCAGAGGAGGAUCCAGAACUAUUUGAAAUAGUAAGAAAAAAUAUGAUUCACGGACCAUGUGGAUUACACAACCCACAUUCACCAUGCAUGAAAGACGGAAAAUGUACCAAAAAGUAUCCACGUGCUAUGUACAAAGAGACACAGACUGGUGGAGAUGGAUAUCCGCAGUACAGACGAAGAAUCCCAGAAGAAGGAGGUUUCACAACAAAUAUCAAGAUUAAAAACAUGGAUUUUGAGACAAAUAACCAGUGGAUAGUGCCAUACUCUCCAUUGCUUUUGAAAACAUUCAACGCGCAUAUUAACGUAGAAUACUGCAACUCAGUUAAAUCAAUCAAGUACAUAUGUAAAUAUGUGAAUAAAGGUAGUGACAUGGCUGUUUUUGGAUUUGGUAAUCCUAACGUGCCUAAUGAUGAAAUCGACCAAUUCCUAAUGGGGCGUUACAUUAGUAGCAAUGAGGCUGUGUGGCGAAUUCUUGGUUUUGAAAUCCAUGAACGCUUUCCUGCCGUCAUGCAUCUCAGCGUGCAUUUAGAAAACGGCCAACGAGUAUACUUCACUGAAGAGAAUGUCGCCCAGAGAGCCGUAGACCCACCAAACACAACUUUGACUGCCUUUUUCGAGUUGUGUAGAGCUGAUGAAUUUGCAAAAACUUUACUGUAUCAUGAAGUUCCGCAUUACUAUACCUGGAAUCCCAGAACUAAGAAGUUUUGCAAAAGAAAACGAGGUGUUCAUCACCCUGAAGUAGAUGGCAUAUAUUCUACUGGCACACUGGGACGAGUGUACACAGUGCACCCAAGUAACAGUGAGUGCUACUAUCUGAGAAUGUUGCUCCAUGUAGUUAAAGGACCAACUUCAUUUCAAGAUCUGAAAAUCGUUGAAGGGCAAGUUUGUCAGACGUUCAGAGAAGCAUGUUCCAAACUUGGAUUGCUUGAAUGUGACUUAUACUGGAACAAUACAUUGGCUGAGGCGUCUGAAACACGUCAUCCCCACCAGAUACGGACUCUAUUUGCUAUAAUCCUAACUACCUGCGCACCUUCAAAUCCACAUGACCUUUGGGAAAGGCACAAAGAAAGUAUGAGCGAAGACAUUCUCCUUCGAGUUCGCAGAGACAACCCCGACCAGGAGGUUCAGUAUACGGAAAACAUCUUUAAUGAAGCUUUAAUUUCACUUGAGGACAUGUGUAUUUCUAUUAACAACAAAAUCCUCAAUGAACUUGGGCUACUUUCACCAGAGAGAAAUAAUAGAAACGAUGUUAUUGAUAAAGAGCUUUUGAGGGAAACACAGUACGACCUCGCUGCACUAAAAGUGUACGUUGAAAUUCAUAAACAUAAACUAACAGACGACCAACAGCUAGCAUACGACACAGUGAUGCAGCAUAUACGAGUUGGUAAUGGAGGCCUUCUUUUUAUCGAUGCACCAGGUGGCACAGGAAAAACAUUUUUGUUAAACUUAAUACUUGCCGAAAUUAGAAUGAACAAGAACAUUGCUCUGGCUGUUGCAUCAUCUGGCAUCGCAGCCACAUUACUUGAUGGAGGACGAACAGCACAUUCGGCAUUCAAGUUGCCUUUGAAUUUGAAUCAAGCUACAGAAACUCCGUGCAACAUCAGUAAGACAUCUGGAAUGGCAACGGUGCUUAAAACAUGCAAACUUAUUAUAUGGGAUGAGUGUACCAUGGCCCAUAAGAAAGGACUUGAGGCACUUGAUCGCACUUUGCGAGAUUUCAGGAAUGAUCAACGGCCAAUGGGUGGUGCACUAAUACUGCUUGCCGGCGAUUUCCGUCAAACAUUGCCUGUGAUACCAAGGUCAACUCCAGCUGAUGAGCUUAACGCUUGCCUUAAGAAUUCUGUCUUAUGGAGGUAUGUGAAAAAAAUAACACUCUCGACCAAUAUGCGCGUUCACUUGCUUGAAGAUGAUUCGGCAGAACAUUUUGCUAAACAGCUUUUAGAUCUAGGUAGAGCUGUGAGAGGGUAUGGAGGCUUGAAAACCAGCGACUGCACCUUGCUUCCAGAAGAAGAGAGAAAUGCUGCUUCCUUUAUGAUGAAUUCAUUUCGGAAACCACGAAAACCUUGA